AUGGACGCAAACCUCGUCCAGCAGCUCAGCGCCGACAGCGGCUGCAUGCGCCCUAUUCGCCUGACACCGCGCCUCGUCCUACUCGCGUGUCUCUGCACUUUCGUGCUCGUCUCGACCUCCUUCUUCUCGCUCCAGGCACGACCUCCGGACGCGUUCGAACCCCAGGCGCUCUCCGCAGCCGAAACCAUCGUCGAUACGGAUGUUUCACCUCCGUCACUCCCUCCGCCACCUCCUCCUCCAUCGUCGCCUCUGACGUCGUUACCGCAACGUAUCGCGCCCCGGAUAUCCGUCGUCGCGAUAUGGGAAGGCUCGUUCCCGUUCCCCGCGCUCGUCAACUUCUUCGCGUCCUUCCGCGCCAACGCCCCCACCGUCGAGCUAGUCUGGAUCGGCAUUCGGAAAGACGAGCAGGAUGCCUGCCUGGACAUUGGCCAAUACGCCACCCUCGAGCACGAGGACCCGUCGUCCAACAUCGUUUUCCGGUGUCUUACUCGGCUUGAAUACUGGACCGCUCACCGAGAGUACUUCUGCCGUCAAUGGAAAUGCAGCGCAGAAGAGCGGCAGGAGGUGCUGGACGUGUUCAUGGAGCGGAAUGACAUGGAUAGGAACAAGUCGUUAUACCGGAUAUGGCGAGGAUACAUUUUCCGGGACUUCCUCCACUCCGAGACGCAAUGGUGGGGAUGGGCCGAUGUGGACACCUUCAUGGGCAGCUUCCAAUCUCAAUUCCCCUGGGAUGUCGCGAGCGAUUACGACGUCAUUAUCCCGGCGCACACCGACUCGAUGCUCUACCUUCGCGGCCACCUCGGCUUCAUCCAAACGCGCGCCGAAACCGAGUUUCGUAUGAACCUCUACGACAACAUGCGCUCCAUGGACGGCUUCAUCCACCGACACAAGGACGCCUACUGGUGUGCCGAGGAAGCCGAAUUCAGCGCGUUCGUCAUCCGCACGCCCUCCAUCUCCUUCCUCACCCUCCCCUACCACCUCGUCGAGCUCGGCUUCGACGCCCGCUCGCCCGCGACCGCGCUCUUCGCCUCGCCCUCGGGCGCCUACGCCCUCUCGCCCUCGCACUCGCCGCCCCUCCCCGCCUUCCCGGACUUCCCCCUCCUCGCGCUCCCCUCCGCGCCCUCCUCCUUCGUCCCCACCUUCUCCGCCGCGGGCGCGACGCAUCCCGUCGACCUCGUCACCGGCGUGGACCGCGACAAGUGGGUCCCGGCGGAGACGACGACGUUUUACGAGCCGCCGCCCGCGGACGAGCUCGGCUGGGCGGCGGGGGAGGAGGGCGAGGGCGAGCCGGUGCGGAUCGUGGGCAGGGGAGGCGGGUUCGAGGGCGGGCGGGAGGGCGUGUGGGAGCGGUUCGAGCGGGCGCGGCCCGAGCUGCGGGUGCGGGUGUUGGGCGCCGCGGACGGGGAGGUGCGGGCGUCGUUGACGGAGGGGCUGUACAUCCACUGGAUGGAGCACAAGUACGAACAUCGGCCGACUUUCGAUUCGAUCCCGGCCCGCCCUCUGUUACCCUCCGAAGCCCUGGCGGCGUACUAUACGGACGGCAUGGAGAUCUGGAAUAUCGAUCGCGGCGAGCUCGUGUGGCGGAGCGUCUUGCUCGAUUGAAAAAAGAGUGUAUCUCGGUCGCCGUCUUGUUUUGUUGUUCCCAUUGCUUUCCGAUUCGUGUCCAGUGCACUUCAUUCGCCCGCGGUUCAUGCCGGUUCAAAACCCAUCGUAGAGUACCAAUGCCACGUUUACCUCGGGCAUCG